UCCUCCUCCUCCUCCUCCCCCUCCCCGCCGAGCCGGCAACAUGAACUGAAAUCCCCAGAGAGGCACAGAGGCGGCGAGCGAGCGAGCGGAGUGAAGGCAAGCGGGGAUAUAGCGGCUCUCUCCUCCCGCCGCCGGGAUUCCGGGAAGCGCGGUCCCUCCGCCCCGCACAGCCUCGCCCCUCGCCCGGAGAGCGGCGGCCGCCCGAGCCCCGCGCCCCCGAGCCGCCCAUGGCCCUCAUCAUGGAGCCCGUCAGUAAGUGGUCGCCGAGCCAGGUCGUCGACUGGAUGAAAGGUCUUGAUGAUUGCCUGCAGCAAUAUAUAAAGAACUUUGAGAGAGAGAAGAUUAGUGGUGACCAGCUAUUACGAAUUACUCAUCAGGAACUGGAAGAUCUUGGAGUCACACGAAUUGGCCAUCAGGAGCUUAUCUUGGAAGCAGUAGACUUGCUCUGUGCACUGAACUAUGGUUUGGAGACAGAAAAUCUAAAAACCCUUUCUCACAAACUGAAUGCAUCUGCCAAAAAUCUGCAGAACUUCAUUACUGGGAGGAGGAGGAGUGGUCACUAUGAUGGAAGGACCAGUCGCAAAUUACCGAAUGAUUUUCUGACAUCAGUAGUGGAUCUGAUUGGAGCAGCAAAAAGUCUUCUGGCUUGGUUGGACAGAUCACCUUUUGCUGCUGUCACAGAUUACUCAGUAACAAGAAAUAAUGUCAUACAGCUCUGUCUGGAACUAACAACGAUAGUACAACAGGAUUGCACAGUAUAUGAAACAGAGAACAAAAUUCUUCAUGUGUGUAAAACUCUCUCUGGCGUCUGUGAUCACAUUAUCUCGCUCUCCUCUGAUCCACUGGUUUCCCAGUCUGCCCAUCUUGAGGUGAUCCAGCUUACAAACAUCAAGCCAAGUGAAGGGCUGGGUAUGUACAUUAAGUCAACAUAUGAUGGUCUUCAUGUAAUUACUGGAACAACAGAAAAUUCACCUGCAGAUCGGUGCAAGAAAAUCCAUGCUGGGGAUGAAGUGAUUCAAGUUAACCACCAAACUGUGGUGGGGUGGCAGUUGAAAAAUUUGGUGAAUGCACUACGAGAGGAUCCGAGUGGUGUUAUCUUAACUUUGAAAAAGCGACCUCAGAGCAUGCUUACCUCAGCACCAGCUUUACUGAAAAAUAUGAGAUGGAAGCCCCUUGCUCUGCAGCCUCUUAUUCCCAGAAGCCCUACAAGCAGUGUUGCUACUCCAUCCAGCACUAUCAGCACACCUACAAAAAGAGACAGCUCUGCCCUUCAGGAUCUCUACAUACCUCCUCCUCCAACAGAACCUUAUGUUCCAAGGGAUGAAAAGGGAAAUCUCCCCUGUGACGAUGUUGGCAGACAUAUAGUGGGCAAACCAGUUCACACAGGAUCUGAAUCUCCAAACUCGUUUCUGGACCAAGAAUAUCGGAAACGCUUCAAUGUGGUUGAGGAAGAUGCAGUUUUGUACUGCUAUGAGUAUGAGAAGGGAAGAACAAGUGGUCCUGGAAGGAGAGAGAGCACACCGACAUAUGGGAAGCUGAGGCCUAUUUCUAUGCCAGUAGAAUAUAAUUGGGUGGGAGAUUAUGAAGACCCCAAUAAAAUAAAAAGAGAUACUAGGAGAGAAAAUUCAUUGCUUCGCUAUAUGAGCAAUGAGAAAAUAGGUCAAGAAGAUUACAUGUUUCAGAGGAAUAGCAAAAAGGAUACUGGGAAAAAGUCCAAAAAGAAGGGAGACAAGAGUAGUAGUCCAAGUCAUUACUCACUGUUGCCUAGUUUACAAAUGGAGUCAUUGAGGCAAGAAGUCAUGGGCACACCUGGACCAGAAACUGCUCUGUACCAUACAUUUCAGCAGUCUUCUCUACAGCAGAAAAGUAAAAAGAAGAACAAAGCUCCUAUUCCUGGUAAAAGCAAAAGACGGAUCUCAUGUAAAGAUCUCGGUCGAGGGGACUGUGAAGGCUGGCUUUGGAAAAAGAAAGAUGCCAAGAGUUACUUCUCCCAAAAAUGGAAAAAGUACUGGUUUGUCCUGAAGGACACAUCUCUAUAUUGGUAUAUCAAUGAAGAGGAUGAAAAAGCAGAAGGAUUCAUCAGUCUACCUGAAUUUAAAAUUGACAGAGCCAGUGAAUGCCGCAAGAAAUAUGCAUUCAAAGCCUGCCAUCCUAAGAUCAAAAGUUUUUAUUUUGCUGCUGAACAUCUAGAUGAUAUGAACAGAUGGCUCAACAGAAUUAACAUGCUUGCUGCUGGCUAUGCAGAAAGAGAGAGGAUCAAACAAGAGCAAGAUUACUGGAGCGAGAGUGACAAGGAGGAGGCUGACACUCCAUCAACGCCGAAGCAGGACAGCCCCCCACCCCCAUAUGACACCUACCCACGGCCACCUUCGAUGAGCUGCACAAGCCCCUACGUGGAGCCCAAGCACAGCCGCCUGUCGUCCACGGAGACGUCGCAGUCGCAGUCGUCGCACGAGGAGUUCCGCCCGGAGGUGGCCGGGAGCGCCACCGAGUCCCCGGUGCGCAAGACGGCGAGCCAGCGGCGCUCCUGGCAGGACCUCAUCGAGACGCCGCUCACCAGCUCAGGACUGCACUACCUGCAGACGCUGCCGCUGGAGGACUCGGUGUUCUCCGAGGUGGCCGUGGUGUCCCCCGAGCACAGGCGGCAGUCCACCUUGCCCACCCAGAAGUGCCACCUGCAAGACCACUACGGCCCCUUCCCCCUGGUGGAGGGUGAGCGGAUGCAAGCGCUGAACGGGAACGGGGGAAAGCCCCGAAGCUUCACCCUGCCUCGGGAUAGCGGCUUCAACCACUGCUGCCAGAGCCUCUCCGUCGGUGCUGCCGACCACCACGAGGAAGCACAGCAGAAGGAGGUGGAGGAGGAGGAGGAGGAGGAAGGCAAAGCAGCAGAAGAAAACCAGGAAGAUAAAAGCUAAUACACUGCGAGAGUUGAUAGCACCUCUCCAUGUCAAAUGGGAACCACAUCUCUUGGCACUGAACCGAUUGGACUCAAAGGUUGAUAAACUUAUCAUUAGAGAAUUGGCACGACGGAGACUCAACUUCAGCCUCUUGCAAGCAACCUAAUGGCCUCCGUUCAGAAAGUCAGUUCUUCUUGAAUAACUUUGAUGUUUAUAACAGAGAACAGACCUGUUAAAGCAUAGACAACCACAUGCCUGAAUAUGAGGCCUCCAGGAAGGUGUCAGAGGGCAUGGCCAGUCUUUGGAAGAAUGCACCCUUUCCACAAUGGGACUAGGCACAAAGUCAGAUCCAGUCUACAUGGAGCACAUUUGCAGAAAAUACUGCCCCCCACACGGGAGAACGGAAGGGGAAGAGGGUCUUGGCAGGGGAAGGGCUUUGAUGUCACUCAGUUUUGUUCUGCACACCUCGAGGAAUUAAAGAGGGAUUCAGCCAUGGUAACUGUAAUUUCCCAUUGCUUGUACUGAACUCCAGUGAACCCAUUCAGGCCACCCAGACAGAGUCAUGUCAUUUAAGCGUGCUUCACAUUAGUGGAGGAAGUUUCCUUACUGUGUCAUGCUAAAUUAAGUGUAUUCUGUCAAGUGGAGGUAUGUACAGACCUUUCAGAGACUUCCAUUUAUCCAGUGGUUUGUACUGAAUUCCCAGAGGGUACACUGGCACUCGUUCGGAUGGUCACGGAGAAGAUACCUCACACUGAGAUUUUAGACUCUGCACUUAAAUCUUUGGUUCCUCUUUAUCUUCUAGGACUAAAACAUGUGAGUGAUGCUGCCUGGCCAAGCAGGCACAAAGUAUUCUCUGUGUAACACCCAGACUCCGGAGGGCUGUUUUGGGGCCAGUAUUUGUCUGGAUGUCACUCAAAGUAGAUUCAGAUAUUGUAUUUAUCAUUAUGUUCUGAGUCCCCUAUGGGUUGAUGUUUGCCUCUAUCUCUGUGAUUAGAAUGUGGAUUUUCCUUGAUAUAUUUGGCUAAGGGUGUAUUGUAAUAAUGUUAAUGCUAAUUACUUGAUAUUUCAUACUAUCUUACGGGGAGAUACUUUUAAAAAAUGUAUUUUGAAAUGUUUUCUGUUUGCUCAAUGUAUGGUAUUGCAUUAUGUUAAUACCAAUAAAAUUAUAUAUAUAUAUAGUUAUAUAUAUAUUUCCCUUUUAUAAAGAAGUAAAUUAUGCUUUUUUGCCUCACUAACAGGAAAUGUGCAGUGAAUAAAAUUACAUCAUUCUGCCUUACAGCAGGUGACAAAGCUUAUAAUAGUUUUAAUAUUCUUUUUUUGAAAAAUAAAAAGUAUAGUAUGACAUAAAUUAGUUGGAAAUUCAUCAAAAUGCAUGUUUUAUAUUUCUGCUCAAUGGGACUGUCACAAAACAGCCUAAAUAUUUAGCAAUGUUGUUUUGGCAUCUUUAAUUUUUUCUAAUCAGAAACAUGCACUGUAUUGCUAUUAUUGAUUACAAAACUGUACUGUCAUAAAUUUUUGCCUGUUGGCCAGAUAGACAAACCCUCUGAGUUUGUCUGUAGGAACUGAUUUUAAAAUUUAAUUUAGUGCUCUUUCCAAUGCUUGGCAAAGGCAGAAUUUAUUUUUUAUAUAAGGUUGCCUUUGAAGUACCUGCCUCUGCCAGGAAUGAUAAAUCACUGCUAAGUACAUAAAGAUUCUGCAACCUGAAGGAUGUGUGAUUAAAGUUUUGUUGGAAUGGCCUGCAACCCCAGCCAGUCCUUUACAUUCUGUCAUUAAAUUCCAUAAUUAGUUCGAGGUGAAAUGUUUUGGAAAUGAAUUAGAGAAGCAGAAGCAAGGAUGUGACUCUAAAAUGUCCUUUGGCUGCCAUUUGGGGUAACACUGAUGAUUUAUUUGCUGCUCGUAGCCAAAGGCCAGCAUAUAUCUGCACUAAUGCCUAUUAGAUUGUCUUCAGCUUCCUCUCUUUCUUUUCCCCACCCUUUCUAACAUAUUGUAUUGAGUAUCUUUGUUUUGCAGAGGCAUUCAGAAGGGCUGUAAUUAGCAGUCCCUGGCAUUUAAUUGCAUACACAUUUGUUAAAUAUUUUUCUGUAUGCCUUAAAAUAAAGUAUAGAAAAUGGCAGUAAAUGUUUCUUUAAUGAAGGCAUUUGAUUUAUUCAUGAAGUCAGGAUUUUU